AUGGCAGCCGCUGCACCACUCCGCGGCGCGCGUAAUGCAACCGGUCCCCGGAGUACCGCGGCGCAGGCGCUGCGUCUUCUCCCGCUCCUCCUCCUCUCGCUCCUACUCUCCCAGGCGGCUCGCCCUGCCGCCUCUCAGUCAUCCGCGGCGCCCCGCCGCCUUCUCGCCACCGAGACGCCGAGCGACCCCGUUUAUAUCGUACGCCUUAAAGGAAACUCCGUCGCGGCCGAGAUUGGCGGGGACGGGAAUAACGGAAACGGCGGAAAUGGGGGAGGUAACGGCGGAGGGUACGGGAGGAAUGGGCAGCGGCAGAAGAUCGACCGGAACUCGCAACGUGUCAAAGACCACGUCAAUCGAGUCAAAGCCCAGCACGCUCGAGUCGCGCGCGGCGCGGGGGUUCCCGACUCGGACGUGCUCUACAGCUACGCGUACUCGACCAACGGUCUCGCGGCUCGGCUCUCCAAGCAGCAGAAGCGCGCGUUAGAAGCAGACCCGGAAGUAGCAUACGUGCAGGAGAGCAAAGUCCGCAAGCUAGAUGUGCUCGACUCGCCGAAUUUCCUCAAUCUGCCCAACACGCUCUGGAAGGCGAAUACCGCCGCGUCGUUGAACGCGGCCGGCGCGGGAACGGUCAUUGGGAUUGUGGAUACGGGCAUUUGGCCCGAGCAUCCGUCGUUCCAGGACCAGGCGACCAACCCGUAUCCCAACCCCCCCGCCACGUGGACGGGCAAGUGCCAGACCACCUCCGACUUCCCCAAGUGCACGCGGAAGCUCAUCGGCGCGCAGUACUUCAUCGCGGGGUUCCUCGCCGCGGGCCUGACGUAUUACGAUCCCAAGGAUUGGCUCUCCCCGCGCGACCUGGCGGGCCACGGCACGUGGUGUGCGGGAGCCGCGGCCGGCAACGGUCCCGUCGCCUUCGGCACGCUCAACUCCGUCAAUCUCGGCUCGUCGUACGGCGCCGCGCCGCGCGCCUUCCUCGCAGCGUACAAGGUGUCGUGGUACAGCACCGCGUACGGCGGCCGCGCCAUCACGGAUUCCGAUAUCUACGCGGCGGUCGAUACGGCCGUGGCGGACGGGGUGGACGUGCUGUCGCUGUCGCUAGGAGGGAUGGAUCCGUCGGAUACUUAUUUCGACGACCUGGGCUAUCUGGACGCUCACCUGGCGGGAGUGGUGGUGGUGAAAUCGGCUUCCAACUACGGUCCUCCACCCUUUCACCCCUCUCUCUACCGCGCCAUCUCCAACUUCUCGCCCUUCUUCCUCACUGUUGGCGCCAGCUCUAUCAGCCGUCGUUACAACGCGUCGCUCACCCUCGGUAACGGCACCGUGAUUUACGGAAACGGGUUUGGCGGUUUAUGGGUGCCAACACCCCCCUCAUCGACGCGGCUAAAAUUCCUGCUGCGGGCUACGGCCAAGUACUGCAAAUAUGGUUCGCUCGACCCAGUCUGGGUGGCAUGGCGCAUGGUGGUGUGCUUAUACGGAGGGGGAGUGAGCAACGACGAAAAGGCAGCAGAGGUGGCACGCGGCAAGGGCUUAGCUCUGCUUAUAGUGAAUGUGAUGCCGGCAGAUGAGGCGUCAAUUACCCGAUACGGCACCCUCCCUGCAAUGACUCUCUUCCCUCCUAACGAUGCUAUUCUUAACGAGUACCUGCUGUCAGCAAGCCCCACAGGCACCAUGUCUUACGGUUGCGUUCAAACCACCGCUGGCACCGCAGCAGCCAUGGCCUACUUCUCUUCCAUCGGCCCUCUCGUCCUCCCCUCCACUGUCCCUCCUCCCUCGUUCCCCACCAACGAUAUCUUAAAGCCCGAUAUUAUUGCUCCGGGGGUUAAUUCCUCCACCCACGUCGUCACCAUGCCGAAGCAGAUCCACGAGAUCAAGGACUUCCUCCUCACGGCGAGGCGGAAGGAUGCCCGCUCCGUGAAGAUCAAGAAGACCGGAGACGUGGUGAAGUUCAAGGUGCGGUGCUCCAAGUACCUCUACACGCUCUGCGUCACAGACAGCGACAAAGCGGACAAGCUCAAGCAGUCGCUGCCCCCUGGUCUGCACGUUCAGGACAUUUGA